AGUGUUCUGUGGUCACAACCAUAGAUAGGCUACACUACGUAAACAAUAAUAAAUAUUCAUUUAUUGUAACAAAAGCGAUUAAUAUAUUAAAAAUGAUCGAAUAACAUUAAUUGACCUGAAAUAUACUCAAAAUAAACUAUUUUCUGACUGUAAAUACUGUAAAUGUUCAUUUGAAAUUGUCCUCUAAUGUACUUAUCUCUUAUGGAAUAUCUAUUUCAGUUGUUAUGAUAAGAAAAGAAGAAAGAGAUAAAUUUUAUCAACAUUCAAUCAAACUUGUUUCAAUUUGAAAUGACAAUGAUUGAUAUUGAAGAAGAGGAAAUUGGGGGUGUUGCUCCCUUAGAUCGUCCAGAAUCCGCAUCUUCUGUAUCCAUUGAUAGUGUAGAAAGUAUGAACGGUGAUAUACCUAUUGCUUUAGAAGCAGAAGAGCUACAAUUAGCUCUUAACAAGGAAGCUACUGAAGAGGAAUUACUUAAGGCAAUCAUGCGAUGCAAAAACUUAGUUCUAGAAACAGAUGAAUGUUCGCUUGAGAGAAAAUGGAUAGUGAGACAUUUGAUUGAAUUAAGAUUACGUUUGCAAGAAUGUAGGGAAGCUGCUACCGAUCCAGAACAUCCAAGAAAUAAGUCUAGUGGGGUUUCUAAGAGAACUAUUAAGGGACACCAUUUUAUUUUACAACCAUUAUUAAGAAGUACUACUUCCAGAUAUUGUGACCAUUGCACAUCAACAAUUUGGUGUUUGGUCCAAGCUUGGUACGAAUGUCAAGAUUGCUCUUAUUCAUGUCAUUACAAAUGUAUGUCCUCGGUUUUAAGAGAAUGUGCACAUGUAGUGACAAGUGAAAGAGGGGCCUUUGAAAUGGAAAUUUGUCCUGAAGUUGGAUUAUCUGCUCAAAGAUAUAAGUGCGCAGAAUGUAAAGCACAUUUAGAAUUGAACAAAGGAUACAAUGAUCCAAAACGUUGUGACUACAAUGGAUUAUAUUACUGCUCAGGCUGUCACUGGAAUAGUCUUGCAAUAAUACCUGCUCGUGUGGUGCACAAUUGGGACUUCACACCCAAGCCAGUAUGCCAGGCAACUCUUCAACAGCUGAAAGUGGCUUCGAACAGACCUAUCAUAAACCUGGAAUCCCUAAAUCCAAAACUGUUCAAUUUCGUCCACGAGCUUAAUCUUUUGGGGAGACUAAGAAACGAUCUAUAUGGAAUGAGAAAAUAUCUUCUUGUGUGUCGUAUAGCUAAUGAAGAUCAUUUGCUAUGGAAAGAAAUCGAUGUUCCCCACUUGUUGGAAACCACAAAUAUGUACAGUCUGCAGGACCUGGUGGAUGUGCAUUCAGGAGAAAUAUUCAUCAAGAUACAGACCUGGAUUGACACAUUUACCAAACACAUCAAAGUGGAUUGCGAAAUAUGCAAAGGGCGGGGUCAUAUCUGUGAAGUUUGUUCCAACGAUCAACCUUUGUAUCCUUUCGAAUCAAACGCCGUGACUUGUGAAGACUGUCAUGGUGUUUUCCACAAAAACUGCUUCAACAGAAAGAACAAUUGUCCGAAAUGUAUUCGUUUAAAAGAAAGGGACAAUCACAUGAAAGAUAUCAAUUGUGUUGAUGAUGAUGAUGAAUAACUGUGAUAUGUAAGGGAUGAAUCAAAAUAUAAUCUUAAUUUUA